AUGCCAGGCGUUGAAAUUCCUUUGAGGGAUAUAGGUGAGGCCGCACACACCGGUACUGUCACUAAUCCGAAGAGCCCGUCGCACGGCUCUAGGACGUUACCAAUGACCGAAUCACAGGUUACUGGCCAAGUUUGUUCGAAUUGUGGAACCACAAAGACUCCCCUUUGGAGAAGGGGUGCAGACGGUAAGUCCACGUGUAACGCGUGCGGGCUUUACUUCCGUGCAAACAACUCUCAUCGGCCCGUGCACCUGAAAAAACCACCCCACGUCAUUUCGAUAUCCAAGGCUCAGUUAGCAGCCGGAACUUGCAAGGGCGAUGGAAGGUGCAACGGGACCGGUGGAUCGUCAGCCUGUACGGGAUGCCCCGCUUUUGACAAUAGAGUUUUGAUAACCAACGGCGAUCAAAAGAGCAUUAUCAAGCGAGAGAAUGAUGACACUUUGCCCCGAGCUUCGUGUGGCGAAAAUGCCGAAGCUGGUGCCGACUCAAUGGCAGUUGCAUGUUCGAACUGUUCAACCACUAUCACACCUCUUUGGAGACGUGACGAUGCUGGUAAUACCAUUUGCAACGCAUGUGGUCUCUACUACAGACUACACAAGAUGCACAGACCAGUCAAAUUGAAGCGUGAGACAAUUAAGAGACGCAAGAGAAACCCUUCGGGUCAACAGCUGUUUGAUCAGCAACAGAAGAAGCUUAAGCAGCAAUCUGCCACUAAUCUGCCAGGGGUUUCCCUCCCACAGAUGCAGCUGCCUGCACACACAGACACACAAGAAUCACACACAGACACACAAGAAUCACACACAGACACACAGAAGCAACACACAGAUCUGCCACAGCUCCAGCAAAGAACUCCAGUCACAAGUCCGGACGCAAAAGCACUUUUGAACACUCUAAGAGUGCUUCCUCCACCAAUACCAGGAUCCACUCAACUCCCGCCAUUCUCAAUGAUUGGCAGGUUCCAGCCAAAACCGUACAACGUAUCGGCCAUUGAUUUUACGUCUCUCUAUUCCAGGACAAAUCAGACGGCAGAAGAAUCCUCCAUGAGAGGCAGUCCGGUGCAGCCCCAACCCCAACCGCUUACUGAUGAAACCAGAAGGGUCCGCACUGUCACGCCGCCUGCAUUGGUAAACUUGAUUAACCCGGGCUCCGAGGAUACAAAUCCUGGAAUUUAG